AUGCGUCUCGUGUAUGCGGUGCUUCUGCCUGGCGUCAUCGUCCUUACGUCCAACGUGCACCUACUUCGAGCCCAUGCGCUUGGUGCCGACGAGACGGACGUAUCUGCUAGUGACGCUCGUCCAUCCAAUACAGCCGUUAGUGACGAAGAGCGUGCACCCUUGCGGUUUGUGGGUCAAAUAGAGAGGAUCGUCGGGAGAACAUUUGCGGCGCCAGAGGCUAGUAUGAAAACAUCUGCAUUCGUCGGCAACGAUCUACUGGCCUCGUCCAGCGUCAAACACGCAAAUGAUCAAGCGGCACGUGCAUGGAACAAACUCGAUUCUCAGCUGGACCGCUUGCUGAACAAGUGGCGGACGAAAUGGUUCACGAAGUCCAAGAAUUUCUUUAACAGCCCGGAGUACGAAAGGAUGAUCAAGCUGGUAGAAGAAGUCCAGCGAAAUUUCCCGAUUGACGGCGCCUUCAAUCCUCACGAGUUCAUCGUGCGUAAGUUCAAACCAGAGUUUCUGCGAUCGGUGAUCGAAGCAACCGCCAUGAGUAAGAACGCAGACGUGAGAGCUCAAGGAUUACAACUUCUGAAGGAUAGCCAGACGAAGAAAGAGCCUUUAUAUGCUGUUUCAAGAGACACGGACCCACAACCUGCCAAAUCGACGACCAUGUUAAUACGCUAUGCACGCCCUGACAGCGAUGUUGUGUAG